GUUACAAAAUUUUAUAUUGCAAUAUUAACUAUUAAAAAAUGUAUACAAUAAUCACAUCACUAAUAAUAGUAGUAGUAUUUUGUUUAAGUAAUUUUAAUUGUGUUCAUAGUAAUUUAAUACACGAAAAUACAAAUAAAACCGAUCUGUCACCAAAAUGUAGACAAUCAUUUGAUGAUGCUACAAGUCAAUGUUUUGAUUUUGCCCAAUCAUCAUGGAACAUUACUAUUGGACACAAUGAACCACUAAAUUAUUGUUGUUCCCAUUGGGACUGGGUCAAUUGUACAGUCUAUAAUGUUCAAAAAUCACAUAGCUGCAAUGAUGAUGAAUUUGUACAAGUAAAUAAAUUAGCAGAUAAUGGUACUGCUCAAGGUUUUAUCAAACCGUGUUGGGAUUAUCCUAAAAACUCUUGUAGCUGUCAUAAUGUAACCAAUUGUAACCCAAAUACCGGUGACGGUUGUGGACAGUUAAACGGCAAUUAUUUAUUGGCCAUAUUUGCAUUGAUUGGUUAUACAUUGUUUAGUAAUGUUUACUAAAAUCUAUAGUUUACUAAAUUUAUAAUAUGUUAAGUUUUUAUGUAAUUAUAUACUGUAUUAUUU